AUGUCCUGCCACGCUCUCACCCUUCUCCCAGGAAAUCCACCUUUCCUGAUGCGAUACUGUAUUUUGAAAAUGGAACUCUUACUUGCAGGAAUACCACUUGCUGUUCCUUCGGGAACCCCUCUGAGACGGAGAGCACGUGUGGAACCCGAGGAAGGACGUGGACUGACAAGACCCCCGGGGGCCGUGCGUGCCGAAGGGCCAGAUUAUGAAGGAAAACGCUGUGAAGUGAUUGUAGAGAUGGAAGCCACGAGUCGAGGGUGUUACAACGAAAAAGGAAGACCUGUUCAGAAAGCCUGGAUGAAAGAAACAUUAAUACCCGGAAUGACCAAGAGGCUGAUUUACUUCUCUUUUUUUUCCACAGCUAGUGAAGAUGUUAAAGAUAUCUUUGCCAGAGCAAGAAAUGGAAAAUACAGACUUCUGAAAAUAUCUAUUGAAAAUGAGCAGCUUGUGAUUGGAUCAUGUAGCCGACCUUCAGACUCGUGGGAUAAGGAUUAUGAUUUCUUGGUUCUCCCCCUGCUGGAGGAAAAGCAGCCGUGCUACAUACUAUUCAGGCUCGACUCUCAGAAUGCCCAGGGAUAUGAAUGGAUAUUCAUUGCAUGGUCUCCAGACCAUUCUCAUGUUCGUCAGAAAAUGUUAUAUGCAGCCACGAGAGCAACUCUGAAAAAGGAGUUUGGAGGCGGCCACAUUAAAGAUGAAGUAUUUGGAACAGUAAAGGAAGAUGUAUCACUACAUGGAUAUAAAAAACAUUUGCUAUCACAGUCAUCCCCUGCCCCGUUGACUGCGGCUGAAGAAGAAUUACGACAGAUUAAAAUUAAUGAGAACCCAGAGGAUCAUAUUGGGGUACAAACUGAUGUGAGCGUGGACACUAAGCAUCAAACACUACAAGGAGUCGCAUUCCCUAUUUCUCGAGAAGCUUUUCAGGCUUUGAAACAAUUGAGUAACAGACAGCUCAACUAUGUGCAGUUGGAAAUAGAUAUAAAAAAUGAAAUUAUAAUUUUGGCCAACACUACAAAUACAGAACUGAAAGAUUUGCCAAAGAGGAUUCCCAAGGAUUCGGCACGUUACCAUUUCUUUCUGUAUAAGCAUUCUCAUGAAGGAGACUAUUUGGAGUCCAUAGUGUUUAUUUAUUCAAUGCCUGGCUACACAUGCAGCAUAAGAGAGCGGAUGCUGUAUUCUAGCUGCAAGAGUCCGCUGCUAGAAAUUGUAGAACGACAACUACAAAUGGAAGUGAUUCGAAAGAUCGAGAUAGAUAAUGGGGAUGAAUUGACUGCAGACUUCCUCUAUGAAGAAGUACACCCCAAGCAGCAUGCACAUAAGCAAAGCUUUGCGAAACCAAAAGGCCCUGCAGGAAAAAGAGGAAUUCGAAGACUUAUUAGGGGUCCAGCUGAAGCUGAAGCCACUACUGAUUGAAAUGCUUCCAUGAAAACAUUACCAAGCUGGUUUUUUAAAAGUCCAGCGUUUAGUACAGGAGAACUGAAAUCAUUCCAUGUUGAUACAUAGUAGAGGAAAACAAAUCGUCAUUUUUAAAAGCUAGCACUUUUCACAUCUGUGUGUUUUUAAGAUUACUGUUAUAGAUGACUCAUGAUUUCUAUUUUAUGUUAAAACUAGAAAAGGGUUCAACAUAAUAUGUCUGAUUCUGGCACACUGUUUUCAUUGAGUGAUGAUUCCACGCUUUCACAUAAUUCUCAAAGAUUUUGUAGUUGGGCUAAUAUCCCAAAGUUUACUGUCUCAAAGUAGCAAACAAUUUACUCUUUCGUGAGACAUUUGAAUUUUCUUUUUUCCUUAUGAGUGAGAAAUACCUUAAAAUAUGUUAAGGACCAGUUUGGAUUACGUCUUUUUGAAGAUGAAAUUGAGUGUGCCUAGGCAAAGGUGGAACGUUGCUUAUUCUGAGGAAUAGGCUGUCAAACCGCUAUCAUGUCUGCCACUUUCAGAUACAUAGUGUGUUAUUGCAGCAGUGUUUGCUAUAUGCCUUUUUGUUUUUAAAAGCGUUGCAACUUUAGAAGAUAAGCUCAUCCUUCCACCUUACCGGUACCUAACCCAUUGCUCUCAAGUAGUUCUGACUCGUAGAGACCCUUUAGGAGAGAGGAGAGCUGCUGCCUCAUAGGGUUUCCGGGACUGUAAAUCUUUCAGAAAGCAGAUUCUGUAUCUAUCUUCCACGGAGUGGGUGGAUUUGAACCACUAGCCUUUCGGUUGGCAGCCAAAGUGCUUUAGUGGCUCCACAAGAGCUCCUCUCUAUUGAACCUAAGGGUACCAGCCACUUUCUACAGGAUUUCUGAUGGCAUUGAAAGACAUGUUUAAAUAGCCUUAGUAAAUUCUCUCAAGUGCAUUGAAAAACAUUCCAUUUUAAAAAGUAAACCAUUGCAUUUUAAGUACCUUGAGGCCAAAUUUCCGUUCAUACUGAAUAUUAAACUCAUUCAAAAGCAAGCAAAACUAGCCAAAAAUGUUAGUUUUAAAUAUUAGUUUUUUUCCCUCCAAAGCCAUUGUUUUAUUGGACAUCAUGUUCUUGCUAUCACUUAAGCAGAUAUUCAGAUUUAAUAACAUUUUAAAAUCAGUAUUUGGUGGCCGAAACCAAAAACAUGGCUUAUGAAUUUUGCUUCAGUUUAUAUCUUAUUUCAAAACACAUUUUGACCCUUGCUAAAGCUCUGUGUUGUUGGUUAUAAGUUAGAGACAGUUGAGCCUCAUUUUUCUUCGAUACUUGAAAUAGAGGGAGCUAGAACACUUCAUCAUGUUUAACCCGGUAAACCUGCUGCAAGAGCCAGAACUUUGAAUAGUUGUUUUCUAAAUGAACUGAGUGGGG